AGGAAUAUAUAUAGGUUGAGUAACAUCAAAGAAUCUUGGGCAAAAACGAAAGUUGACGUUGUUUCUAAGUCAUAUCAAUUUCAUACUUACAUUGCAGUUUCUUCGGAAUAAUCUUACAUUCGUCUUCUUCCAUCCCACUGAGCAAAUGAGUCGCCAUCCUGAAGUUUUGUGGGCACAGCGUUCAGAUAAGGUUUACCUUACUGUUGCUCUACCUGAUGCUAAGGAUGUUUCUGUUAAGUGUGAGCCUCAGGGUUUGUUUAGUUUCUCUGCUUCUGGGGUUCAAGAUGAAUCCUACAGCUUUAGCUUAGAACUUUAUGGAUCAAUUGAACCUGAGGGCUGUAAAACAAAAACUGGCUUAAGAAACAUACUAUGCUCAAUUCAGAAAGGACAAAAAGGUUGGUGGAAGCGGCUACUGAAGUCUGAAGAGAAACCUGCACCAUACCUGAAGGUUGACUGGAACAGAUGGUGUGAUGAGGAUGAUGAAGAGUCAACUUCUGAUUUGGAAUCUGAUGAUGAUGAUGCGCGGUUUGUUGGUCAAGAUGAUGGAAGCAGUGAUGAUGAAGGAAUGUUGUAUCUCCCUGACUUGCAAAAGGCUAAGUAACUCUUACAGUACCAACAUAGAUUUAAAAAGCAUCUUGGAGAAGGAAACAUAUGGAACUAUUUAGAUAGGUGAAGGGAUUGACUAGUUGAUAAGAUGCACUGUGAUAUGAUUGUGACUAUCCUGUAUAUAGAAUCUAAGUAGUGCCCUGAAAACAUAGUCUUCAUCUUCUGAGACUGCUUGGCAUCAAUUCUGGUGAGAGGUUUCUUUGUUGUGAAUGUUGGUUGCAUCAUAUAAUCUAACAUUUUUUCUUAAAAAGCUUGUUUUGAGAUUACACAAUCCUCACAUAUAUUGUCUUUUCA